AUGUCAGAGCGAGUGAGGUAUGAGUCAGAGGAUUCUCCGGGGGGCAAUUCGUUUAGAGGCGCAAGCGGCGUUGGAGAUCACGGGUGGGUGGGGGCUUUUGAGCGAGUCCUCGGUGAUCAUACGGACGGAGGGAUCGAGAUUGACCGCAAGAGAGGACAAGUUGGGACUAAGAGCGGCACUGCUUCGACGACCAGUACCACCCAAAAGGAACGGGAAGGUCCACCUCCGCCUCUCGACGUCCGACAGCCAAGUCGAGCCACCACUCAAGCACACAUGCGCGAACCUCUUCGCUCACCUGGCCUGUCAUCUGUCAGUAGUCAGGAAUACGAGCAGAGAUAUCGUCUUCACAGCCGGACUAACAGCAAGGCGAGCGGCGCCAUUGAAUCUUCCCUUCAGGUGCCGCAAGCUAAAUCUCCUGGACUUGGCGAUGCAGGCAAGGGGCCCGGCAAAUUUCAAACUAAGGAGCAGGGACCCUCGGCCAGGGGCGAGCAUGAGGGCUCGAACGCUUCCGCUCGACGUCUUGCUCUUGACGUUGGAGUGCCUCUGGACGGGCCCAAGUCGUCUGGUCCGCCUUUGCUGACUUGUGUCGAGGAGUGCAUCGCUGCGGAAGGCGUGUACAUCAACCACGCGCCUUCGCUGUCCAUCCUGACACUUCGCAAUUUCAGUGCAGAAAGACGCCUUUUGGUACGUCUGGAGAGCGAGCUUGGUCGUGGGAUCAGCUUCCUCAAACGGAAACGUACCUCAACGCGAGAUCGUGAGUGUACCCCUCAAUGCUAUUGUAGACAGCGCCCGAUGCUCACCUCGUCACAAAUCGAUGCCUCGACGCAGCAUCUGCAGUGACAUGGCCCGCGAACACGGUGACCUGGGCGCAGAAAGACGGACUUUCCCCUUCAAAGCUGCGAGACCUGCGACAUUUCGUCGCGAAUCUAGAGCCAGCGGAUUCCUUCAUCCUCGAAGCAAGCUCCGAGAUUGUGGUAUACGUCUCUUUCCGACCUGUGCAUUUCGUCUCUGAGCUCGACGCAGCAUCUUUCGCGCCGCCUCGAAGCCCUGCCACUGACGCCGCCUUUAGUCCUCCGCGACCGAAUGCCCGAGUAGGCAGCAUGACUAGCCGCUCCUCUAGCAACAGCAGCUCAGCUGCGUCGCCCGCAGCUCAGGCGGAGACGUCGUCCGGAAAAGACAUUGCAACUGGUGUGGUGCAUGAGUCCUUCAGCAUUCACGGCUCCGCCAUCGUGAGGAGCUGGCCUCUGGCCCUCACUGACUCGAGCAACGCUGUCUCGUUUGAGGACGGUGUUUCGCAGCCGUCUACAGGAUCGAGCGCACAAAACGACAUCUCAUCAGGCGCGAGUAAUUUGUCCUCAACCUCUGCCUCAAGCUCCUCCUCUCGCCCCACCAGCACUUACGGAUCUUUACUCUCUUCUGCAGGCGCAGCGUCUUCGUUCGCCACUACGACAGACGCAGCAGCACCGGAUCAAGAGCCCCAAAUGAUUCAGAUUCCGUUCUCGGCGUGGGCUUGUAAACCUCAAAUCGCCAUCUCGUCACAUCAGGCGACGCUGGCUCACAAGCGUUUGGAUGGAGAAGACAAAACCUCUCCAUAUGAGCGACACAAUCACGGUCUCAUGGUCCUUGACUUUGGAGAUCUCUUCGUCGGUCAGCGCGAAGAGCGAGAGCUGGUGCUUCAUAACCAAUCAGCCAUUGAAUGCUUUUGGCAAGCACGUUUAGACGACGCCGACAGCAUGCUGGCUUCUCCACCCUUGAGUCUGGUUAGCGAUACCGAGCGCACCCUAGAGACCGUCUCUUCAGCAGACGAGGUGCAGUAUCGGCCUCAUAUCCUAGCACCCGGCAACGCUCAGACGAUCAAGCUGGUCGUUUCGCCCACAGAACCAUGUCGCGAUUUCGAACAAGUCAUCACGGUGAGCAACCUUCACAAUGCCUCUAAUUCGGUGCGGAUAUUAGUGCGCGCCAACAUGCUGGGAGCGGCCACAGACGAUGCUCUGUCAGUCCUGUCUGGAGACGUCAUCGAUUUUGGAGAUUGCUGCGGUGGUCAUUGGACACGACAGCUCCUCGUCUUGAAGAACGCAGGAGAUGUGCUGCUGGAGCUCGCGUUCGGCGUCCAGAAAGGCAUCGAGGCAAAUUUUCAGCUCGCCGAACUUGCACCUCAAGACGAAGACACAGGCUUCGGCGAGCCAAUGCUUCCUCCAGUUGUUGCCUCGCAGCUAGAUGCCCCAAGUGCCCACGGCCGAGAUCCAAGCCAGGAAAGCUCCGCGUUGUCGACCGAUGGCGGGAGCGGUUAUCAAGCGGACGUCGCAGGUGAUGAGACGGUUCACGUGAACAAAGCUACUGGAUCGCAGAUGAGCUCGUCCUUGCUUAGCCCAAGCCAAGCUUCGUCUGCUGUUCUUACCCCUUCUACAAAUCCUCAAAGCUGGGCUGCAACGGACAUGGCUCGCACACCUACGCAUCAUGCACGGGCGACGCCAUUGACGGACCCUCCACACUUUGAGCUUUCCACCAGCGAAGCAGUACUGCCUGUGGGCAAGCUUGUGGGAACGAACCCUGGACGACCCAGAGGGGGUUCUGUUGCGCGUGAGGAUGAAGUCGACGCCUCUUCAGUCGCGUCCCAGGCUGGCUCGAUGCCUGGAUCACCUGAGCUAAGCAGACCUUCGCUCAGCACAAGAUCUUCCAACCUGGAGCAGCACCGCGCAGGACCUGAUAAAGGCGGCGCCCUGGCGCAUCUUACCUACGGUGUUGGUCCUUCUGACGCGCAAGAUAAGCGGGGCGCCGCCAGCAAUCUGCGCAGCAGGCCUUCCUCAGCUUUCCUUGGAUCGAUCCCAUCGUAUGCUGUCCCGUCGAAGAGCGAGCUGACGGACGAGGCUGCAUUACAAGAUGAUGCUCAGUCCAUGCUCUCAGAAGUCACCGGCAUGUCAGACGGCCGACCCGGUGCUCACCAUCCGCCAACCCGCGUUGGCACUAUGAGCAAUGCGAGCGGUUCUCAUUCUUCAAGGGCUCGAGUCACUGCCGCAGCCGCGCUCAGUGGUCUUCGCAAUGCCGAGCAAUCACACAGUAAUCGACUCGAAGAGCUUCUCCUCAGACCCGGAAGCGAAUAUCGCGUGGUGGUCUCUCACCGGCCGGCUAGAGGUGAGCUCGAUGCCGAAUAUUCAGCGGGCCGUCUUCGUGAAGAGAACUUCCAAAUCUCUCUCGAUUACGCCCGCGCUCGUUCUGACGGUGCUCGAGCGCGAGGUGGCAGGCAGCGCAAGACCGUACAGUGCCGUGUUGGCACUUGCACCUCAUUCAUCACCGUCUCGCCGAAGGUUGUUGACUUUGGCGAGGCUAAUGUAGGCGCUCGCAAAUUUGCUCACGUGGCCGUAGAGAAUCGCUCAGAGCUCACAGCAAGAAUCGACUUGCGUUUUGUGUCAAAGGUGCUCAGCAUGUAUCGCGACGAAGUCUCGAUUCCUGCGCUGCAGACGGUCGAGCUUCGGGUAGACUUCUUUCCGCGACGCAUCAACAAGUCGUAUCGGAAGCAAAUCACCGUAGCCAAUCUGAUGAACAGAUCGAACGACCAAAUUUUCGAAGUACGAAGCCGCAAUGUGGACGAGGAGCGGAUAGGACUUCAUUCUCUGUUCUACCGCAUUCUCACUCCCUCGGGCGCAAAUUUCAUAGACUUCAAUGAUGUCAACAUCAACUCGUUGCGCCUUCGCACGUUUUCCAUUCAGAAUCUUAGCGCUUCAAAGCUUCAGUUAGAGCUGAGCUCUGCUCACCCGGAGGAUCUGCGUUUGUUCGUACGCAAGCAGGAUAGCCGAUCCCCAGCCUCUCCUACCACCGCAGGGGUAGAUCCUAAACAGGCCAAUGCACCGGCCAGCUCCCUCUUCGUCACUGACAGCAGCACCAUCGAUCCACCCAUCGCUGCCGCCGCUGUCCUACCAGACGGAGCUGCAUCUGCCGCCAUCGACUCGUCCCUUACAGCUGUACUCGCCACCUCACCGGGCGUUGCAACGACGGACCUGCCGUCCACGGCCGACGCGAUGCCAGUCAGAACUAGAACUGGCGCAGACCUCAAGGAACGAUUCAUCGAGUCUAUCUCAAACGAUGCGCCGGCGUCCCUUCGCCGAGAAAAUGCGACUUGGAGGCUCGCUCAGAAGCACAGCCACUUCCGCGGCAAAAAGGAUGGCAGCAGCAGCAAAGCUACCUCUUCAACCGCGAAUAGAAGCGGGAACGGCAAAGAGUCUAAUCCUCCCCCCAAGCCAAAAGCCCAGAUCAACCUUGUCGCAGCCCUCAAGAAGGGAGGGAAGGGAAGAAUAACUCUGCCUUGGGGGAAUGCCAUUGCCUUCAAGGAUCGGACUCUCAUCACCAGCUUCGAGUAUCUUGACCUGGCCAGCGGUCCACCUGUAGAUCAACGACGGAUAUCUCCAAAGAGCAAGAAGUACAUCUUGCUCGAAAGCAUCGUUAGCGCUCACCGACCUAGAGGAGCUGCAUCAGCGAGCGGAAAAGCUCUGCGAGACGUCAAGGACAGCGAUGCUGACGCAGCUGGACGCUCGGGCAAGGCUCAAGCCUCUGAUACCAGCAAGGCGAAGAGCGACAGUAUCGCACACCGAAAGAAAGAUCGAGGUGCUGCUCAUAACCGCAAACUGCCCCAAUUUCUCGCUGACGACAUUCACCAAAAGGAUGGGAAGCCUUCGCGUGAAGUUAGCUCCGGCGGAAGUGGCCGCGACGCAACCUCACAUGAAGAGUCGGGCGCAGACAUCAAAGACCUGUGUGACCGCGCCUCUCCAGCUUUGACAGGCAAACGGAAACCUCUUCCAGCCAGUCUGUCUGACCCAUCAAGCGUCUCGAAACUGUCGCUCCAGGAGCUCGUGAGCGCAGUCGAGGCACAAAAUCCCGUAUUAAGCACAUAUAUCAUGGGAGGUCAGGAAGCAGAAGAGAAAGUAGUCAGGACAGAGCUGAAUCUGCAAAGAGAGUUGCAAAAUGCUAUCGACAUCGGGCGACUUGUGCCACUCAGCACUCUUGAGCUCGGAGCGCACGAGGAGAGACAGAUCAUUGGCAUCUACUCUCCCUGUGGUAGUACGCGGCCUCACAUUCAGGGCAAUGCGCGCAAACAAGAUUCGAGGAUCUUCAUGCGCCUUGUAGCGUAUGAUUCUGGAAGGGUGCGAGACUCAGCCGAGUUCAGCUCUAUGGCCCCCCUCGAACCUCACGAGCUGCCGGUUCGCGACUUGAUGGUGAAGGCCAAUGUGUGCCGCAGCGUUUUCGAGAUUGGACAGCCCCACAUCAAUUUCGGUCAUGUGGACAAGAGCGACACCAAGACUCGCAAGAUUCUCAUUCAAAAUCGCUCCGAAUGGGCGCUGCGUUAUUGCGUCCGUAAAAGCGGAAGUAUCGCGAGCAGUGACAUUCGCAUCACUUCUGGGCUCUUUGGCGUCGUGCCUGGCCACGGCAAGCGUGAAGUGGAGUUCAUCUUCUCGCCCUCAAUGUCAGGCCAGUUCCAGGAGCGCCUCACUAUCGAAAAUGUGGCGGAUAGGGACAACAAUCAGGUGCUAUCGCUGAAAGCCACGGUCAGGAAGGUGCCCAACUUUUCGGUCGAGCCUCUAUUGAUCGACUUUGGGCACCUUUCACCGGCCAAGCUGACUGCCCCGCAGCACUUUACCGUGACGAACACUACAAUUAAGGCUAGAACCUUCGUCGUAGAGGUCGAUGGCGAGGACCUCAGGCAGCAAAGAAGCGUACUGGACGUGGUCGUCGCUGCGGGCUCAAACGAGGCGUCAAAGGGCACACUCUCAAAAGCGGAAGAGGAAGAGGUCGAGCACAUUUCUCAAAAGCUGAAGAUUGCAACACGCAAAGGUCAUGACGACAAAGUGAAGAAGUAUGAGACCCGGCUCGCUGAGUUGGGAGCUAGGACGGAACAGAGCGUGCCGGAUCAGGAGCCUAGCUCGUCGACAGAUGAGCCUGCGACUGCUACCACCUCGCUCAAAAGGACAGCGUCGACGGUCACCGUGACUCUUGCUGCAGAACAGAGCACCAGACUCUUAGUUCGGCUUCGGCCUCAUGCAGCGCAUACUGCUCUUCCUGCGGACCACCCAGCAAUACGCAACACUGCUACGCCCGAUCAGAUCGCCGCAGAUCACGUCAAAGUCCGCAUCCAAGUUCACGAGGUGAAGAAUCGAGACGAGAUGCGCGUGGUCGAAUUGCAAGCGAACAUUGAUUUGGCUGCCACGUCUGACUCGGGCGCUGUGGUGGAAGAUCACCCGUCACCAGACCCCCUGCCGAAGGACGCAAACGCGAUCAUCUUUUCGACCGAUACAACAAACAUCUCAUAA